UCGAAGAAAAUCGGAAAAACGCAAUAAACAUUACGUCAUUGUUGCCAACCUCACCUAGUGACAAGUGACAGAGUGAUAAACAUAACCUCGAAAUGUCGGACUACGAUCGAUCGAAGUUUUACGGGAAGAAGAAGUUCUCGACGCAGAAUAAAGAGACACCCAGUUUCGGCCGGAGUUACUAUGGUCGGCGCAGCCCCAGCGGCCCCUCGUUCAAGUCGGACAAAGACCCCAAAGACACCCCGUCCAAGUCGGAGACCCCGAAAGUCAAACAACCCACGAUUUUGCUGAAGGCGCGCGAGCACACAGACGAAACUUUGUCGCCGAAAAAGGGCAACAAGGAGCACGAUUUUUCCAACUCUAUUACCAUUUCCGCGACGACGCCGACGUCCGAGAGCCACCCUCUCCCCGGGGUUAAGCAGAUGACCAAAAGCGCCAAAUUUUUGGACGAUUCGGUGCUCUACGUGGAAAAUAUACAAGAGUUUAUGCAAGAAAACAGCGAUUUUUUGGUUGUCGGGGUCGUGGGGGCGCAGGGUGUGGGUAAAUCGACGAUUUUGAACCUGAUUGCGCACGAUAGUGUGAGUAGCGAGUUGAAGAAGGCGAUUUUUAGGAACAGCGAGGGACCGCGGGAGGAGGAAUACGGCGAUAACGUGAAACUAUUAACUGAUAUUAAGAUCAGUGAGGAGGAUAAAGUCAGGAGCGAGAUUUUUAAAAUCCAGACGAGCGAAGACGUGGAAAAUAAUUGUAACACGACACGCGGGAUUGAUUUGUUUGUUACUUCCAACAGGGUGAUUUUGCUGGAUUGUCAACCUAGUAUGUCUGUGGCGGUUCUUGAUGAGUUGGUCCAGAGCGAGAACAAACGAUCUAACAUUGUUAGCGAGUUCAUACCGCUGGAAAACAGCGGGGAAAUACAGGGGUUGCAACUAACGGCGUUCUUGAUGAGCGUUUGUCACGUUUUAAUAGUAGUACAGGAGAAUUUUUUCGAUAGUAACGUGAUAAGGUUUCUGCAGACGGCGGAAAUGCUAAAACCGACACACUCCAAUGCUGAAGACGAGCUAAACGACCACUUCCCGCACCUAUUAUUAGUACAAAACAAAGCUCAAAUGGACGAUUUUUCGCCGAAAAAAUUCAAACUAAUGCAGGAAGUGUAUCACUUGCUUUUUCAGAAAACUAAGCUACAGAGGGACUCGAAUUUGGGGCUCGCCACGUGUAAAUUAAUUUCGUAUUUAAAUGAAGAGACGUGUGGGGACCCUUUCAACUUAUUUUUAAUACCAGAGUACAGUCAAAGUUCAGAAACCACCUACAGCGGCCAUCCACCUCUAGAAGACCUAGUCAGAAAACUCAGGGCCAAUAUUUUAGGCGCCAUCAAGAACUCCCUCACCCACGUCCAACUGACCGAAAAAACGUGGCUUGUGUAUUGCUCCAAAGCGUGGGAAAACGUCAAAAAAAGCUCGUUUUUUGUAGAAUAUACGAAACUGAUGCCGUAAAAA